UAGAAUUGGAAACCAACGCCAGAGAGACCAUACUCACCCCCAUAAGCAAAGACCCCAUUAAUUAUUUAUUAAUUUUAUAUUAAAAAUUAUUGAUAUCUGUCUAUUUACAUAUAUCCGUAGCUUUGGCUUCAAGGGUAAUUGAACCCACUCUUGCUAUAUUUUUUUCGUUUUUGUCACUUCAUCGUUGCCGUACACUCUUUCUUCUCAAACCAAACUGAUUAGUUUUCAACGUUCCAAUGGCGUCUCUUACCUCAAUUUCUCAGUCCCAAUCUUUUUUAAUCAGACCUCACCUCACAACCACCAACGCCAACGCCAAACCUAGUGCUUUCGGUUCCAGUUUCUUGCCAGUUCAGUUUCAAUCAUACAAAAUUGCUAGAAUGCCUCCGAGAAACGGGGUCGUUGUGGUGUCCGCAGCAACUGCUGAGAAGGCAAGAAAGCGUUACCCAGGAGAGGCAAAGGGGUUUGUGGAGGAGAUGAGGUUUGUGGCAAUGAAAUUGCAUACCAGAGACCAGGCUAAAGAAGGAGAGAAGGAGGUCAAGGAGCCUGAGGAGCGUCCUGUAACUAAAUGGGAGCCUUCAGUUGAUGGAUACCUCAGGUUUCUUGUUGAUAGCAAGCUGGUUUAUGAUACUCUUGAAGGGAUCAUUCAAGAAGCCCCCAUUCCAAUUUUAUUUGCUAUCUGCUUUUGUCUUCUCAUUGGUAAAGAAAAGAGAGAUGCUGAGUUCAGAAACACAGGACUGGAAAGGUCUGAAAAAUUGGAAAAAGAUUUGGAGUGGUUCAAAGAGCAUGGGUAUACCAUUCCAGAACCAUCUUCUCCUGGUAUUACCUAUGCACAGUAUCUUAAGGAAUUGUCAGAGAAGGAUCCUCAAGCUUUUAUUUGCCACUUCUACAACAUAUAUUUUGCCCACUCAGCUGGUGGUCGAAUGAUUGGGAAAAAGGUUGCCGAGAAGAUACUUGAUAACAAGGAAUUGGAAUUCUAUAAAUGGGAUGGUGAACUUUCCCAACUUUUGCAGAAUGUAAGAGACAAGCUGAAUAAAGUUGCAGAGAGCUGGACUAGAGAGGAGAAGAACCAUUGUCUGGAUGAAACAGAAAAAUCGUUCAAGCAUUCAGGGGAGAUCCUUCGUCUAAUAUUAUCAUGAUAUGGAUGACUGCUUUGCAGUCUUUGUGACCUUGUGUAAGUAAUGGCGCAAGCCUUAACAUUCUUGUUGAUAUUUAAAACCCUUUUAUUUUUUCCUGUAACUUCACAAAACAUUAAAUUACUAUGGUUGUGCAUAAGCCAAACUCUUAUUCAAGAUAUGAUUCAAUCUAUGAACUUUGGUUUAACCAUUUA